UUGAUUGGCAACACCUGCGCUUGUUGAUCAGCGGCGCCACGUGCGCACAGUUGGAGCUUCAGUGUGGCGAUUUUUCUUUAGCUUUUCGGCCCCCGUUACCCCUGUUUGUUUUGAGUGAAUAAAAAGCAGAUGUUGAUGUCACUUGCCCUUCGUUGUUUUCGCGCUGUACUGUUGUUGCUGCUGGUCAGCAGCAGCUGCCCGCCGCCGGUUCGGUGCUCCCUGAGCGGGUUGAGCCAGUACGCCUAUGGCACCAUCUUCUCCCCGCUGUUCAAAGCUCUGUCCGAGCACGGAGGCUCCAGGUGGAACCCGUCAUCAAAGAUCAAACCUGAGCCUAAGUACAUCAAGUAUUUGACGGAUGUGUUCAAGAGAACGUCCGGAGCUCGAAGGAGUCUAGAAGGGGACGCGGUCUACAACGUCGUCAGACUGAUCCAGCCACAGGAGCAUUGUCUUGCUAAAAGCCAUAAAGAGCAUUUCACAUUGGAUCUGUCCUACAGCCUUGAUCGAGUUAGAGAAAAGGAACAGCUCAGGAAGGUGACACUGCUUUACAGUUCCACUCACAUUAACUCAGUGUGCUUCCUGAGCAUCAAGGAGCAGGAGCACUCGAACAAGUGUCCGCUAUGUCCCGGCAUCCACCAAGCUGUAAACUUCACGCCCACUGCCGAUGGCUUGGGAAGAGAGAACUGGGUGGAAGUUGACGUCACUCAGCUUCUUCUGCCGCCUUCAAACUUCCCAAAGCAAAAUGUUCACCUGCACAUCAAUGUCGUCUGCCCCGUGGAGAAACAACCUGGGAACGAAGGCCAUUUGGAGUUCACCGUGGGGUCCCCUCCAAUACUGCUUUAUCUUCAUGACGACAGCAAAGUGUCACACCAGACAUUGCCACCCACUGGUGGAAACAUGCUUAAUAAGCAGAUGGUUUUCAAAUCCCAUCAACAAGUGCUUCGAGCCAAGAGACGGCUAAGGAGGGAGUCAGCAAAGAGCAAAGGAAGCGAUAAAAGCCUGGACAUCCACUUGCCGGAGCUUCUUUCAGGCUCGGAAUUUCCAACAAGUUACUGUGCCUUAUAUGAUUUCAGAGUGCGAUUUAGCCAGCUCAAACUGGAUCACUGGAUCGUUUUCCCACCCAAAUAUAACCCCAGGUACUGUAGAGGCAUCUGCCCGCGGACCAUUGGCUUCAUCUAUGGUUCACCGGUCCACACCAUGGUACAAAACAUCAUAUACGAGAAGCUCGAUUCCUCUGUGCCGAGGCCCUCGUGCAUUCCCUCCCAUUACAACCCCCUGAGCGUCAUGAUCUUUGAAGACGGCUCCUAUACUUACAAGGAGUUUGAAGACAUGGUGGCAACCAGGUGCACUUGCCGCUAAAACAACAAACGGACAAACCGCUCACCCUCACUCAAAAUGAAAAUAUUACCAUAAACCUUUGGGGCACUAUUCAAACAUAAGAUGUUCUGACCAGGCUCUGUGAUUUCAUCAAGGGUUAAAAUCAUUGUGCAUAGAUGUUUGUUCUGGAGCAGGUGUGUUAACUUAAUGUAUUUUAACAUUGGGGGAAAAUGUCACAUAAUGUUUAAUAUUUUUUUUUUGAUACAUUAUAAGAAAAGAUGCAAAUGCAUCCCGUUUCACCUUUGCAAUAGAGUACUGAUAUGAAACACUGGAUGAAAAAAUGUGUAGUAGAUUUAUUAUUUUUAUUUUUGUUUUAUUUUUGUUAAUUUAUGUGUGGGUAGUUUGUCGUUAUUGUUUAAGUUAACACAGUACGUAUUAAUUCACCCUGUUCUCGACCAAAAGCGAAGAAAAAUCAGUCACAAAAUCUUAUCAAACCUUUUACAUAUUGUUUUAUUCCUGGGCAUUACAGAGAGUUGUUCUGAGUGGCGGCUGUCUUCAAAAUGUCCAGAAUGAAAGAUGUCAAGGUGUCCGUGUGUAUUUAUUAAUUCUGGUCACUAAGUGACUGCAUACCUAUGAAUUUAUACUGGUUAAAUGUGACUACAUGCAUGCCUUGUCUAUUUAUGCCAAUUAUGUGAAUUCACUGUCUGUCUGUGUUCAGCUUCCAAAUAUUCAAACUGAUGAAAAUAUGUCAACGUUCUCUGAAGAGUUGGGAAAUAAAUAACAGCAUGCAUACA